CCGUAGAAAUAAAGCUGCGUUUUCAAUUUUUUCCGGCGUAGUGGAGACAACUUCCAUUUUGAUCUUGAUGCCACGCAUUUCAACGAAUCGAGCGCUGAAUUAACAAGAGAGUGGUCUCACUAAUAUUAAUUAUUUCUUCUGUAAAUUGUUCUGCCAACGCGUUGCUAAAACUAAAAAUAUCCUCGGCUGAGAAUGAUGUUUACGGGUUAAGUGUUAAGUGUUGUAUUUUUAACUAGAUGCAGGCCCCCUUCUGCAACAUGCUUUAAAAUUUAUUUCUGUACAAUUUUAAUUCCCAUCAAUGCAGUCAACCAUGAACUCCAUACAGCUCCUGCUUUUACUUCUUCAACUCUUUUGCUUUACGGAGACAAACAUUUCAGCUGCACCGCUCAACGGAGCGAAAACACAGAAGAAAGAUGCAAGGAUGUCCAAGGAUUACCAAUCAACCUCAAUGGCUAAAUACGACAACAACAAGACCAGAAGCUCUUUCCAGAAAACGUUCCUUUUCAGGAAGCAGAAAUGGCCACAGCAGUCUUUAGAAACGUCUUUUAAACGCGUUCGCAAGAUCACAAAACGCCCGACAGCUACGACACACUGUAAAAUAUUCUGCCGUAGCGGCUAUCAUCUUCAAAUCCUUCCCAGUGGGGUAGUGAAGGGGACAGUUGACCAGAGCAGCAAGUAUGUGUUGUUUGAGAUGCAGUCAUUCGGUCCCAGUCUCGUCAGACUAAUGAGUACAGCGACGGGCAGAUACCUAUCCAUGAGAAGAGACGGGACCCUUCGCGGGUUGCGUAGCCAAAGUCACCGGGAUUCACUUUUCAAAGAAACACAUGAACAGAACGCGUUCCACUCGUACGCGUCACACAAGUAUUACCGACAACAGCCUCAUGACAUGCUGGUUGGCAUCAAGAGAAACGGACAGAUAAAACGAGCCACGAAAACCUUGCACGGACAAACUGCGACGCAAUUUGUUGUCAUCAAAUUUUGAUAGUUUGAGAAUCAACUGUCUGACAAAAUCGCUACAAGCAUUUAGGAGACUGACUACCGAAAAACCGGCAACGAAAUGAAAUCAUCAGAAGCAAAUUCUGAUAAAUUCAGGAUCAAACAGAUAUGUUCGACAUCGAUCUUCUGUAGAUCUUAAAAAAAGAACUGUUAAUGAAAUCUGAUAGCGUUGUAGAUUUAAUUUAUUUAUCAAUUUAUAGAUUGAUUACAUCUUUUUUUUCAAUUGCAUGUAAAUUAGCUUAAAUUAUUGCAUCGCAAAAUGACAGCGCGUUUAUCUUCAUAGUCCAGUCCCUGACUCGUCCCCAGCCGUCUCUCGCUCCCGUUAGAGACUCACGCCUGGGGACGAGUCAGGCCCAGCAGGGCGGAAAAAGUACAUAUAAGCGCCCUGGGUCCAGUCCCUGAACUCUCCCUUC